AUGGAGUGGGACAAGGUCCUAGAAAUAGAAGCUCAAGAUUUCUUGUUUGAACACAAAGGAGAUUGCUUGAAGGCAGGACCCGGGGCGCAUUUUAGCGUGGGUCAGAACAAUGCACGCAAAUUGGGAUCCCUAAACUUCAGUGGAGUGGACGCUGUGAGAACGUGGGUGGCACAGAAGAAACAUUACAACUACAAAACCAACUCUUGUGUUGGUGGUGACUGUCGUGCCUAUAAACAGGUUGUUUGGAAGACCACUACUCAUGUAGGUUGUGGUAGAGUCAUAUGUCACAAUGAUGCAGGCAUUCUUAUUACUUGUGUUUAUGAUCCUCCCGGGAACAUUCCAGCCAUUCAUCCCUAUUAA